CUAUCACCUAACUCAAUAAAUGUUAUUUAGAACUUUGAAACCCAUUUAACGUCUUGAACAAUGGAUCGUGUUGUCUUUUGUCAAGGAUAACAAAUUUCAAAGCCCUCAAGACUGAGCUGAGCUCUCUAUUGGUUUAGCAUAAUCCAGUUAUAACAGAGAACCCCAUAUAACAAAAACAAUGGAACUGACCUGAUUCUUGUGGAUAAUUACAUUGUCAAAACAAAACCAAGAAAGCUCCAGCCAGAGGCAAAAAUAAAUCUUACGAAAUAUUUGGAUUUUCUGGUAGACUUAACUAGCAAACGUACUGGGUAGCUAUUCUCUUCUGUUCACAGUGCUAAUAGGACAUUCUGUGUUAGGUCAAUCUUGUGAGAAUUUACAGCUGCGAGGAAUAUAUUUUGAAGACAUUCUGCAGUGUGGACAAUCUUUGAGAACAUUCUGCAGUGUGUAAAACCAUGUGAGGACAUCCUGUUUGGACGCUCUGCUGUGAGGACGUACUUCUGGAAGGACAGCCUUAUGAUGACCACCACAUACUCCAUAAUGCAGAUAUUUCUUGUUGUCAUCAUCUGUGUUCUCCUCUGGCUGAAACUGAAGCCCCGGAGGCCCAAGCAUUUCCCUCCAGGCCCCGAUCCUGUUCCAGUAUUUGGGAAUAUACUCCAGCUGAGCACGACAAACCCACUGAGGGACCUCAACAAGUUUGCCAGGCAUUAUGGCAACGUGUACAGUCUGUUCCUUGGCAACAGGCCGGCAGUGUUUCUGCACGGACUGCAGGUCAUCAGGCAGGCUCUGGUGACUCAGGGAGCAGACUUCGCCGGCCGGCCCCAGGGCCUGAUGAUCAACCAUGUGACGGAGAAUAAAGGGCUGAUCAUGGCCAACUAUGGGCCAACAUGGAAGGAACACAGGCGCUUUGCCCUGGCCUCCAUGAAGACCUUUGGUCUGGGUAAAAAGACCAUGGAGAACAAGAUCUUGGAGGAGACCCAUCACAUCUGCAGCCACUUAGAAAACCAUCUGGGGGAUCCAGUGGAUCCUUCGUUUCUGAUCCACAGCGCCUCGUCCAACGUGAUCUGCUCUGUCCUGUUUGGAGAGCGUUUUGAGUACAAAGACGAGAUGCACAAGCUCAUCAUCAACAGCUUCAAGGAGAACGCUCAGGUGGCCAAUGGGGCCUGGGCAGCAAUCUACGAUGGGUUCCCGGCUUUGCGAGGGCUUCCACUGCCCUUCCAGAAGGUAUUCAAGAACUUUGACAUCAUAAAGAAUCAUGUCAGGGGCGUCGUGAAGCAGCACAAGUCCUCCCGAGUCCCCGGAGAACAGCGAGAUGUCAUUGACUGCUAUCUGGAUGAGAUGGAGAAGAGUACACAAGAUGGCUGCCUGUUGGAGGAGGAGCGGUUAGUCAUGCUGCUGCUUGACCUUCACUUCGCCGCCACCGACACCACGGCCAACACCAUCCUCUCUGGCAUCCUCUACCUGGCCACGCACAGGGACAUACAGGCCCGCUGUCAGAGGGAGUUGGACGAGGGCCUGGCGGGCCGCGUCGGCAUUUCAUUUGAAGAUCGCCACAGGAUGCCGUUUGUGAUGGCCACCCUCCACGAGACGGUGCGUGUGGCCAACAUCGCCCCAGUGGGGGUGUUCCACGCCACUACCAGGGACACCACGCUGAAGGGCUACCGCAUCCCAGAGGGGACUCUGGUGAUUACCAACCUGACUUCUGUGCUGUCUGAGGGCCCCCACUGGGAGAGACCAUCAGACUUCUAUCCUCCACACUUCUUAGAUCAGGACGGAAGCUUCCGGAAGCCUGAGGCCUACCUGGCAUUUUCUGCUGGUCCUCGUGUUUGCCUUGGGGAACAAUUGGCGAACAUGGAACUCUUUCUGGUCUUGGUUUCCCUCCUCCAGGACUUUGUGUUUGUGUGGCCUGAAGAGGACACUCCUGACCUGACGCCCGUGUUCGGAGGCAUCCAGUCCCCCAAACCCUACAGAGUCACGUUCAGGCCCAGAAGACCGCAUUAAAGUUGAAAUCAAAGCCAUAAGUAUGAACCACCUGAUGACGAACAUUAAUGGGUCCUUAUCCAAUAAAUAAUGGCUUGCUUUUG